AUGGAUCUAGGUUUUCAGUCUGCAGCUGUGAAAAUGUCAACCAACGGAGUCAACGGAGGAGACGCCGUGGUGGAGGAACGACUUUUUGAAGCCUUAUACGCAUUAGAGGUUUUUCGAAUGGGCGAAUAUUACCUCAAAUCUGGACAAAUGACCCCCAUCUACAUUGACCUUCGUAGACUUAUUAGCCAACCCAAAACCCUG